AUGACAACGAUGUUCGUCCAACUGCGCCGCGUGGUGUACCUGUUGGUACUUCUGCAGUGCUGUACGUGUGUGGCAUAUGCGCAAGGUGAUACGACCUCAACUCAUUCUGUGGAAGAGGGUAUAUUAAUGGAAAUGGGAUAUUUGAAAGCAAAGAUGGAAGCGGAGAAGAAAAAAGUUGAGACUUUGCGUGUGUCAGUAAAAACCGUAACGAAAGAAUGGAGUGAAGCGUCGAAUCGUGCUCAGAGUGCAACAACGACAGCCAAAGAAGUUGAAAAGCUUCUUGUAGAUACUAAAGGCCGUGUUUUGCAUCUAUCUGAAAAUGAGAAUAAGAAUAUGAGUGAAUUGAAAGAAGUGUUAAGGAAGGCAGUAGAUGCAGCAAAAGAGAUCACUGAUGCCGCUGAAAAAGCAAAUUUGACAGCUAAUAAAAUAAACAAUACGGCGCAUGAAAUUCAAGAAGAGGAAACGGUUUUGCUAAGUGCGCAAUAUCAUGUUGAGAGGAUUGUUAAUGAACAUAUUGACAAGGAAGAGGAAACCAGUGUCUCAGGGGAAAAGAAAAAAAUAAAGGAAUUGGCUGACGAGUGCAAGAAAAAAGUGGAGGAAGUACAGACUUUUCUUAUGGAUGUGAGUGAGGUUACUAAAAGUGCUCACAGUUUAGCGGAGGAGGCCAAGAAACAGGCAGCAGUUGCCUCCGAUGCAGCAGCGGAACUUCAGAGAAUCAUUAAUGAAACUUACCUAGAAUGCCCAGACAUGAAAGAAGAGCUGGAUCGUGAAAUUGAGGAGGAGAAACGAAGAUUUUCUGAAACCAACACAACAAAUGAAGGUGAGAACUCACCACACAAUAAUAAGGAGUUAGACGAUUCACAUCCAAAUAAACAGAACGAAAAGGAGACAAAAGACCAGAAUACCAAUUCCACAGAAGCUGAGACGGGAAGCCAUGCAAAUGCCCAACAGCAGCAGAAUCAACAGGGCUCUGAGAAUCAAAAUGAAGAAGGCAAAGUUGAAACACAAGAGAAUAAUAAUAGUUCUCAGAGCAACACUCCAACGUCCAGUCAUUCAUCUGCUUCUGGAACUUCGUCACAAAAUAUGCUAACUAAUACUUCUUCAGCUUCAAUCCAUUUGAAUAUCUCUCAGUUAAGUGACAGCAGCAGCAGUCCUGCAUUGGUGCACAGUCCCUUAUUGCUCCUUCUUGUUUCGAUGUGUGUGCUGGGCUGCACUCUCGUUUGCUGA